UGCCGCCAUUCCGCAAUUGGAAUUCUAGUGUUUUGGGUUGCGAUUCGAUUCAUUUACCGCUGCCCGCGUCUCCAAUUCGGUUGUGUGCGAUUCUGUCUGCUCCGCAUCCAAGUCUAACACCCAAUCCUUCCAAGAAUGUCGAAGCCCAGCUACAAAGUCGCCGAUAUCAGUCUGGCGGAAUGGGGACGCAAGGCGAUCAUCAUUGCGGAAAACGAGAUGCCCGGCCUGAUGGCCUGCAGGAAGAAGUACGGCCCAUCUAAGCCCCUGAAGGGCGCCCGCAUCACCGGCUGCCUGCACAUGACCGUCCAGACCGCUGUCCUCAUCGAGACCCUCGUCGAACUGGGCGCCCAGGUCCAAUGGUCCAGCUGCAACAUCUUCAGCACACAGGAUAACGCUGCGGCGGCCAUCGCAGCCACCGGAGUGCCCGUGUACGCCUGGAAGGGUGAGACCGAUGAGGAAUACCUGUGGUGUAUCGAGCAGACCCUGGUCUUCCCCGACGGCCAGCCCCUGAACAUGAUCCUGGACGAUGGCGGCGAUCUGACCAACCUGGUGCACGAAAAAUUCCCCGAGUAUCUGAAGAACAUCAAGGGCCUCAGCGAGGAGACGACCACCGGUGUCCACAACCUGUACAAGAUGUUCAAGGAUGGUCGUCUCGGCGUCCCGGCCAUCAAUGUCAACGACUCUGUGACCAAGAGCAAGUUCGACAAUCUGUAUGGCUGCCGCGAGUCCCUGAUCGAUGGCAUCAAGCGCGCCACGGACGUCAUGAUUGCCGGCAAGGUAUGCUGCGUGGCCGGAUACGGUGAUGUUGGCAAGGGCUGUGCCCAGGCGCUGAAGGGAUUCGGUGGUCGGGUGAUCGUCACCGAGGUCGAUCCCAUCAACGCCCUGCAAGCGGCGAUGGAGGGCUAUGAGGUGACCACCAUGGAGGAGGCCAGUAAGGAGGCUUCCAUCUUUGUGACCACCACCGGCUGCCGGGACAUCAUCACCAGCGUGCACUUGCAACAGAUGCCCGACGACGCCAUCGUCUGCAACAUCGGUCACUUUGACAUCGAGAUCGACGUGGACUGGCUAAACGCAAAUGCCAAAGAGAAGGUGAACGUGAAGCCCCAGGUGGAUCGCUACACCAUGCAGAGUGGCAAGCACAUCAUCCUGCUGGCCGAGGGUCGUCUGGUGAAUCUGGGCUGUGCCCACGGCCAUCCCAGCUUCGUGAUGUCCAACUCCUUCACCAACCAGGUGCUCGCCCAGAUCGAGCUGUGGACCAAGUCCGACCAGUACGCCGUUGGUGUGCACGUCCUGCCCAAGAUCCUCGACGAAGAGGUGGCCAGCCUUCAUCUGGACAAGCUGGGCGUCAAGCUGACCAAGCUGACGGAGAAGCAGGCCAGCUACCUGGGCGUCUCGCAGAGCGGUCCCUUCAAGCCCGACCAUUACCGGUACUGAGCACCCGAUUCGCCAACCGGUUCUGCACCCGAAUCCAUAGACGAAUCGGACCGCGGCGCCGGAGACGACGGACCCACACUAGUUAUCUAUUGUUUGCGCAUUUCACUGUUCACCUAAGCUCCAAUAAAAACCCAUCUCACGUACUCUCAGCGAGAGAAAACCCAA